GUGCCACCACUGCCAACCAAUAAUGGAUUUCAUGAAACUCUUGCAUUGUUACAUGAUCAGAAAAAUUCGAAACAAACAUCAUUUUUACAACAAAAGGACCUUGUCGAAGAGGUUAAGAUUACUCCUAACCAUGAUUUUAAAGAUGAAAAUUGCGUAGAUGGUAUUGAAUUUGAUCCAGAAGAGGAGGAUUUGGUACCACUUGCUAAGACCUACUAUGAUAAGGUCAAAUCCUCUUUCGACAACAUUUCUUGUGAAAUAAAAGAGCGAUUGGAACAACAAGGACCCAGUGGCCCGGAAUUGUCUAUUGCUGAACAAAGGCAGAAACAAUCUGAAAAAAGAUGGUUGUGUCUUGAAACUUUUGAACAAUUUUUGAUUGAUGGUGGAAGAUAUUGUGGUAGUUAUCGCAGUUGUAAAAGUUGA